AUGAGCACCUGGAUGAAUGACGCCGUCCCCAACCACAAUGGCAACAACGGCUUCCCGCACAUGAACGACCCCAACGCCGCCGGUGCCAUGAUGGAUCCCUCCGCCUUCAUGGCCAAUUCGGGCCAGUUUAAUCCCAACCAGUUUCCCAAUCAGCAGCAGAUGAUGGGCUUGCAGAAUGGCCCCAUGCGAAACGCCUCGCCGGCCGCAUUCCAGAACCAGAACCAAAACCAGAACCAGGCGGCGAAUCCCGCCUUCCCGACAAACUCUGUCGUCCCGUCGAAAAGACCCCGACCGCGCGAGGACAGCAUCACCAGCUCCCCGAGGCAGAACCAGGGCAUGCAGCCGCCGUCGCGUUCCGAGACGCCUCAGCAGCAUAAUUUUGCCGGAUUCCAACCCGGUGCCGCCAUGGCGCCCGGCCAGAACCCCGGCCCGUUCCCCCAUCUCCAGCCGAACGGCUCCGCGAACGCGAGCCCUUCGCCCAUCAUGAGCAAUCAGAUGCGACCCGGCACCGUCCCCCAGAGAGUCUCGACCGUCUCCCCUCACCCCUUCUCGCCCGGCGCCCAGCAGUUUGGCGGCAAUUCGCAGGCGUCGCCCAUCGUCUCGGAGCAGGGCACCCCCCAACCAAACGUGUUCAUGCAGAACAUGCCGCCGGGCUACAACCCGGCCUUUGCGCCGGCCCCAAAUUCUCGUCCCUCGCCCAAUUCGAAUGCCAUGCCGGGAGGUCAGAUGAUGGCCCAGAUGGGCCAGAUGUCCCAACACAUGGGCCAGAUCCCGCCCCAGAUGUACCAGCAGAUGCAGCAACAGCUGCAGCAACAGCAACAGCAGCAGCAGCAGCAGCAGCAACAACAACAACAGCAGCAACAGCAGCAACAGCAGCAGCAGCAGCAACAGCAGCAACUUCCACAGACACCCCAGCAGGGUCAACCCCAGCAGGGCCAACAGCAACAGCAUCGCUCCCAGAGCAUCUCGGACCAGCAGAAGAUGGCCGCAUACCAGAUGCGGAUUCAACAACAGCUACAGGGCAACAUGCAGAUGCAGGCCCAGAUGCAGGCCCAGAGCAUGGGACGUGGCAUGAUGCCGAAGCAACAAAUGACCCAAGGCGCAAUGCGACCGCAGCCUCGGCCGAUGGCGAAUAUCAACCCCGAGCAGUUUAUGAAAAACCUCACGGCGCUGAUGACCGCAAAGGGUCUUCCGCUUGACCCGAACCCGAUCGUCGGCGACCGACCCGUCAACCUCGUCAUGCUGUUCCAAGUCAUCCAAUCCCGCGGCGGCUACAAGCAGGUGACGGCGGCAAACGGGUGGGCACACAUAGCCCAAGCCCUUGGCCUUCCCGCCCAGCUGCCGACCGUGGCUCCUCUGCUGAAGCAGGUGUACGAAAGAAACUUGUCCAAGUUCGAAGAGGCCUGGAUGGCGCAGCAAAAGCAGAGGAUGAUGCAGCAAAACGCGAGCAUGCCAAGCCAGGGUACGCCCCAAAAGCAGAUGCAGCCGGGCCAGCCCAUGCAGCCAGGACAACCCAUGCAGCCAGGUCAACAUAUGCCGCCAGGACAACAGAUGUCGCCAAGACAGCAGAUGCCGCCGGGACAGCAGAUGUCACAGGGACAGCAGAUGCCGCCAGGACAGCAGAUGCCGCCAGGACAGCAGAUGCCGCCGGGACAGCAGAUGCCACCAGGACAGCAGAUGCAGCCGGGACAGCAGAUGCCGCCGGGACAGCAGAUGUCACCGAGACAGCAGAUGCCACCGGGACAGCAACAGAUGCCUGGCGGACAACAGAUGCCUCCCGGACAACAGAUGCCGCCGGGGCAACAGGUGCAUCAGGGGCAGAUGCCGCCGGGACAGCAGAUGCCGCCGGGACAGCAGAUGCAUCAGGGACAGAUGCCUCAAGGUCCGCCGCAGCAGGUGCAGGUGCAGCCGGGGCAAGCAGCGCAUGCGCAGCAGCAAGCCGCCGCGAAACCUGGCCAGCCUCCCGUCAACGGCUUCUCGACACCUCAACCUCAACAACAAAACGCCUUGCCUGGCCACGGCAGGCACAGCCUCCCCCACACCCCGGCCACCAACGAUUUUUCGAUGCCGUCUCCCGCACACCAACGUCCCGGAAGCGUGUCCCUGAGCCAGGGCGAUCGGCGAACGUCGGCUCCGCUCGUAUCUGCCGCGACACCCCAACUCAUGCCCCAACCGAUACCCCGACCGACACCAAGGUCCGACGUGUACGAACCCUGCGCGCGAGAGCUAUCGACGCACGGAGGCAUCGACGCCGAUGCGGCGGCCCUUUUGGGGGCGGAGCUGGAAAGGUGGGAGCCGUCAGUUCCGACCCUGAACGAGCUCGGCAACAUCGACAUCCAUGCUCUGACCAGAAGCCUGCAAAGCGGGAUUCAUGGUGAAGUUCGUCUCGCCCUCGACACGUUGGCCACCGUCUCCUCCGCUCCCAGCCAGAUGCACUUCCUGCAGCUGAGAUACUGCGACGACUUGACCGACGCACUCGUUGACUGCGCCGAGGAUCAACUGGACCUGCUGGCCGAGCACACGGUCGAAGUUUGCGACGAGAUUCAGCUUACACCGUACGAAGACCUGGUUCGAGCAUGCCGGCUCGAGCAGAUGGGGAUAAGGGAAGUCCCCGCGUUCGGCACGACUGAUUACGACCUGGAUCGUGCCGUCGACAAGUUGAUCUGCAUCACGACGAUCCUCCGCAACGUUUCCUUCCCCGGCGAGCAGAACGACAACCAUCAUUUCCUCGCCGACGACCAUGUCAUCAAGAUGCUCUGCACGGUGAUUCGCUACCUCGGCACGCGCACCAUGCUGCUCCGUACGCACUCGAACACGCUGGACUUUAUGAAGGACGUCGUGGUGCUGCUCUCCAACAUUUCCGGCGCCGUUGAACUACCUGGUCGAGAGCAGGCUUUGUGUCUUUUGAAAUUCUUGCUUGCCUUUGCUCCCGCCCCGGGCCCGACGAAAAUCAACGGCACCAUGUUCCUGCCGCCGUACAUUCCAAGGCUUCAUCCUUACACGCCCCAUGCUGUUGACGCUCUUGCGAAGCUGCUCGCUCGGGACGAGCCGAACAGAGGGUUCUACAAAGUUUUGUUCGCCACCGACGCCAACAGCGUGCCGGCCUUUGAGCUCCUCACCCGCACCUUUGCUCUGGCCAUAGCGCCGAUUCCCGACAAGCUGACGGAGCAGACGCGCAACCCGGUGCUGCCGACGCUCGUCGAAUGCCGAAAGCCGUUCCUCAUGCAAGGUCUACUAGCCGCAGAGAUUCUCGCAUCGCUCGCCCCGGGUUCCGAGUCGGGCAUCGCCAACUCCUGGCUUUCGUCGGACGACCGGCUUGCGCAGAGGCUGUUCCACCUCGUCCAAGAGCUCAGCUUCUUGUACGACAAGCCACCCCCGACGACCCGCGGUGGCAAUCGAGGUCAACGGAAGGACCCUGAGCUCGUCUACAUCGUCGUCGUAACCGUCGCGCUCCUUAGGAGAUUGAUGGAGAAGUCGCGGGACGCCAACAACCCGACGGCGUCCGUCCCCGCCAAUCUGCUUCCGGAGCCCCGGAUGCUGAUGAACGCUCUCACGAUGCAGGCGCCCGAUUGGACCAAGGAGGGAAUGUUGCCGCAGCUGUCGGCAAUCUUCAAUCUCUGA